AUUUUAUACCUAGAAGGGAACAAUAAAGAACAAACUAUUCUAAGAUAUACCAUCACAAUACCAGUAGUACAUAUUUAUCUCUGUAUUUCACGGAAUUAUACUUCCAAAUACACACAUGUUACUAUCGAGUUAAUUUCAUAAUGCGUUGCAGCCUUAUCCUGCGAUCAAUUGAUUACACGAUUAAUUUAGACCUAAACGCAGCAUUUGUCGCAUCGGGUCAUGAGUCAUGACGCGAGGCCAGCGACGUAAUUACAUUCUAAACUUUGUGGUAUUUUCACCAAUAUAUUUUCCGUCUGACCUUCGCGCGGCCUGAUCCCCUCACGGUCGUCGUCGUCUUCUUCCCAACGACCGAUCGAUCGAUCGAUCGAUCGUCGCGGCGAGAAGGGGAGAUCGAUCGCGAUCGGAGCCGAUUUGAUCGGCGGCGGGCGGCGGCCAUGGCCGUGGUGCUCGGCGCGUUCGUGCCGGACACCGCGGCGCAGUGGCGCAGCGUGGUGAAGGGGGAGGUGGCGCGGCAGCUGGGCGUGGAGGCGGAGGCGAGGAAGCUGGGGGCGAGGCUGGAGAAGGUGGGCGCCGCGGUGCGCGACGCCGAGGCGCGGGUGGCGCGCGGGAGCGACGCCGCGGCGCGGUGGCUCGCCAGGGUGCGCGCCGCGGCGUACGAGGCCGACGUCGCCGUCGACCGGUGCAGGGCCACGGCGCGCCGCCUGACGAGGGGCCGGGAGCAGCAGCUGCAGCAGCAUAACCAGGCACUGCCAUGGCUGCUGUCCACCUGCUGCGACGUGGCCGAGCCGCGCCGCGACAUCGCCGCCGACCUCAAGAACGUCAGCCAGAAGCUCAAGUCCAUCAUCAAGGAGCAGCGGCAGCUGCAGCUCCAGGCAUCCGUCGCCGAUCACACUGACGACCAUCCACGGAAGAUCCUGAGGCACCGGAAAUCCGAACCCACCGACAUCGACAUCGUCGGCACGGCAAUGGAGGACGACGCGCGCCGCCUCGUGCGCCGGCUGACGCAGCCAGACAGCGGCGGCGUCGUGGCCAUCUACGGCCCCGACGGCAUUGGCAAGACCACACUGGCGAAGGUGGUGUUCGACAGCGAGAGGGUGAAGCGAAGAUUCGAGACGAGGUCAUGGGUUCACGUCUCCAGGGGUUGCGUCGAGGACGGCAAGCGAGAGGCCGCGCUGCUCUCGCAGGUCGUCGAGGCCGUCGUUGACGGCGGCGGCGCCACGACGGGCGCCGAGACCGUCGCCGAGCUGGAGAGAAUGCUGGCCGCCCUGGUGGCGAACAGGAGGUUCUUGCUCGUGCUCGACGAGGUGAGGAACGGCGGCGAGUGGGAGGAGUUGGUGAGGCGGCUACUCGAGCGCGGCGGCCGCGGCAGCAAGGUGCUGGUCACCGCGGUCACCGCCGGCGUCGCUCGGGACAUGGGCGCCGGCCACGUCCACCGCGUGAACAGGCUCGGCGAGGACGACGGCUGGGCGCUGCUCCGCGUGGCGGCGUGCGUCGCCGACGACGGCGGCGCGGCGCUGAGGGGCGUCGGCCGGAGGAUCGUCGGCAAGUGCGGCGGCGUCCCUCUGGCGAUCAGGGCGGUCGCCGGCGUUCUGAGGACGCGGGAGGCGAUCGCCGAGGAGUGGGCGGUGGUGGACGCGAGCCCGGCGUGGAAGGUGAAGGGGCUCCCCGACGACGCCAUGAAGCCGCUGUACCUCUGUUACGACGACAUGCCGUGCCACCUGAAGCAGUGCUUCCUCUACUGCUCGCUGUUCCUCUCGGACUUCGCCGUCGACAGGAGAUCGCUGGUGCAGCAGUGGAUCGCCGAGGGCUUCGUGCAGAUCAGGGGAGACGCCGGCGUCGAGGAGGUGGCCGAGGAGUACUACGACGAGCUCAUCGGAAGGAACCUCCUCCAGCCGGCGGAGGCCGACCGGCACGGCUGCGUCGAGCGGUGCACGAUGCACGACACGCUGCGGUCCAUGGCGCAGGUGCUCUCCCAUGGCGAGAACCUCACCGGCGAUGCGCAGGCGCAGCGGCUGCCCAGCGACGGCGACGCCCCCUUCGCGCCACGGCACGUCUCGUUUCCGAGGAACCACCUUGCUGCAAUACCAGAGGAGGUUCUGAAGCUUGAGGGUGUAAGAACGCUGCUGCUCCAGAGAAAUCCACUGACAAUUGGGAGCAACAUCUUUACAAGGCUGCUAUACCUGAAAGUCUUGGACCUUACUGAAACUGCAAUGGAGGUCAUUCCAGAGACUUUGGGGAAUCUGUUAUACCUGAGGUUCUUGAACCUGUCCCAGACAAGGAUCAAGGCGCUUCCAGAAACCAUUUGCAAUCUGUGGAGCCUCAAAUUCUUGCUGCUAAGAGAGUGCAAGGCAUUGCAUGUGUUGCCAAAAGGGAUAGAGCAUCUGAAGGGGCUCAGAGACCUUGAUCUUACAGGUACUGUGAUCAAAGACGCGGCAUUCAGAGUAGGCCAUCUCAGAAACCUCACAUCAUUCCGAUGCUUCACCGUGACGAGCAAAGAGGCGCGUACCGUACAGGAUACCGCACAGGAUAGGAGUGGGUGGCCUCUGGAUGAGCUCAAGAACUUGUGUCAGCUAAGGACACUCCAUGUUAAGAGGCUUGAGAAGGCCACUAGUCAGUCCAAGGCAGCUGAAGUAGCUCUUCAUGCCAAGACAGGACUCAGAGAGCUUGAACUGUCGUGCAGCGGCACCGUCAAGACAUUACAGAUACCGACAGUGGUCCGAAAUAUAGAGGAUAUCUUCCAAGAGCUGAAACCGCCACGAGGCCUCGAGUCGCUGAAGAUUGCAAACUACUUUGGGACAAAGUUCCCGACAUGGCUGUCAUCGACCUGCCUGCCAAAUCUCCUCCGACUGAAUAUAACCGGAUGCAAUUUCUGCCAAUCUUUUCCUCUAUUAGGUCGUCUGCCAGAGUUGAGAUCUUUGUGCAUUGCCGAUUCUUCAGCGCUGAAGGAUAUCGAUGCUCAGCUUAUGGACACAGACAACUCCCAUCAGGUACCAUUUCCAAAGCUGGAAGACCUGCACCUGCAAGGUUUGCAUAAUCUGGAGACGUGGACGAGCAUUGAGGCAGGGGCGUUGCCAUCUCUGCAGGCUCUGCAGCUUGAAAGCUGCCCCAAGCUGAGAUGCUUACCAGAUGGCCUCAGGCAUGUGACAUCCAUGACUGAGCUGCGCAUUGUGGACAUGGAGAGCCUUGAGGCUGUUGAGAACAUUGCUGCACUGAGGGAACUGAGUGUUUGGAACACCCCCAAUCUGAAGAAAAUAUGCAACUUGCCUUCCCUCGAAGAUCUUGACAUAUGCCAUUGUCCGUCGCUGGAGACUGUGGACAACAUCAACAGGCUGCAAGAGGUGCACAUCUUCGAUCAUGAAUUGCAGGAGAUGCCGAGAUGGAUCCAGGCACAUGCAUCGAAGCUCUGCUCACUGGAAUUCAUGAGCACAACUGAACUGUUGAAGAGGUGCUUGAUUGAUGGUCCUGACUGGCCCGUGAUCAAGGACAUUGCACAAGUUCAUGGAUACUCGAAUGACUCUAGUUACAUAUACUAUUCCAAGAGUCUCAAGAUCUUUGAGGGCAGCGCGAGUAUUCGAGAAAGCCGUGAUGCAGAAAGGAGUGUGGCAGAUUCUGAUAAAGUUGACGAUGCAUCAAUAGAGAGCAGAAACGUUGAUCGAGAUGCAGAAAUCGAUGGCUUCUUCAGCUCAAAAUUAGUGGAGACAGGAACUGCCAGGAGUGAAGACAAUGUACCGGAUAGGAAUAUGGAGAGGUUCAUGACAAGAUCCACUGGCCGCCGAUUGCAUAAGCUGGAAGAAGUCCCCGAAGGAGAUGAGGAUGAGGAAGAGGAAGGUGCAGAUCCAGUAGUUCUGAUUCCUGAUGAUACAACUAAAUCUGACACCGUACUGGAGAAACUUCAUCCUGUUGUUACUCAUGAUCAUAAUGAUAAAGCGGGAUCCAAGAUGAAAAGGGAUCCUCCUGCAAAAACUGCUCCAGGUACUUCUGUUAUUCAAUCUGCUGCCACAAUGUGUCAUAAGUUGGUCCGAGAAGGGUCUCAAGCAAUCAGCAUUACUGAAACUGAUCAAGAUCUGAGCCUCGAUUCAUUUCGAAGCAAAGAACAUGCAUCUAGUAAGCAGAAAGUUGACACAUCUGGUUCUGUCAUAGAAAAAGUAAAGGAAGGAAGAUAUAAAUCUGCAAAUAUCAAUGACCGUAAGCACAUUGAGAGAGUUCAUGACUCUGCAAAUAAGAUGUCAACUACUUCUGUGGAGAAAAGCAUUCCCGAAACAGUCAAACCUAUGAAAGCAACAAAGAAUAAUUCUAAAGCAACAGACUAUCAUGGAACUGAGAAUAAGUCACCUGAUAGUUUGGCUUGUUCCAGGCAAACAAUAAGCCAGAUAGAAAAGGAUGUUUCUGAUGCUGAUAAGGCUGCAAAUCAUCCAUCCAGCGCGAUCACAGAGAAUCGUCUACACAAAGCAAAUGAGAUCGAUGCUUCUGCUACUGCAAUAAAAACUGAAGUAUCAAAGAAAUCUGCUGGUGCCAAUAUUUGUAAUACCUUAAACCCUGCAGAUUCACAAACAGUACAUGCUACUGACACUGCUCAAGAUUUGCCUUCCAGUUUACUCCAUGAUGACCCACAUUUACCAGAUGUUGGCAGCAGUACUUCUACUUCUAUCAGUGACAAUUGCAUUCAGACAGAGAGCAGCAACACAAGUUUGUCGGCCAACUUAAAUAAUGAAGAACCUAAAGCGAAAGGUGUUACCAAAACUACUUGCGCAUCAGGGCCUUGCAAACUGACUGCCACCUUAGACUGCAAACAACAGACUACUAAUCCAAGUGACGACACAGAUGCAUCCAUGAAGAAGAUGGCGAGCAACAUCUCUGAGAAAGUUGUCAAAACAUUGAAACGCCCACAUGCUGAAACAGUGAAUAUUACUCGCUCUUCAUCACUGCCAAUUGACCCUAAAUCUCAUGUCAUUGAUACCACUGCAGCAACGAAGAAACUAGAAGCUACCCUGAAAAACAGAUCCUCAAGAAAUGCAGCACCUGGCCUUGCCGAUGACAAAACCCCAGUAUACAACGACUCCCAUCAGGCACCAAAGGUGUAUACCGCCAUCUGGGCCGACACCGACACGGACACCCUGAAAGCCCGGUUCCUCAGCACGAUGCAGCACUACCGCAGGAUGGCUUCGCACCGUCGCCGACGCCAUAGAAAGCAUGGCUCCAGGACCAAGUGGAGCAUCUGGCCAGUGCUGGUGGCCAUCCUCCUGAUCAUCUCAGUGGCACAGCUGCUGUUCACCUUCUGGAUGUACCGCAAGCUCAUGAAUCAAAACUCAAAAGUAGACGAACAAUGAAUUCUACACUGCGAAUUUCAUACUUUGGAUGAAGUAGACUGCGCGUGCCUUGUGCGUUCAUAUGUUGUGUUGUGUAGCUACUAGCUACUGAGUACUGACUAGUGAGAGCAAUAGCCCAAAACUUUGGCGGGAGAUCGUGAAUUUUGAAGCAGUUUGGCGCCAACCAUUUUCAAAUGGCGCUUUGCUCCCCGCUAAAGCCUAGUAG